AUGGAUGAAGAAACAGAAUAUAAAGCCCUACCAUUAAAAACAAGUCAAAAUGAAAUUAUUGAUCAAGGAAAGUCUUUGGAAUCCGUAAUAAUGAAUAAGGAUGAAGUAGAUCAAUAUGUUGCCACUCAAGAAUUUUCUGGUGAAGCAUAUAAAAAAUUUAUGGAAUUAGUUCCAACAUAUUUGAUAUCGCUAAGAUCAAACAAUCUCCUUGAUAUUAAUAAUGUCUUGAAUGAUCUAUAUCAUUUUUUGAUGUUUACAGAUAAUUCACCCGCAGCCGAAUUAAUGAUGCAAACAGAAGUUUUUGAAGCUUUACUACUUUGUAAUUUGAUAGAAAACAAGAAAAUGUAUUAUAUGAUUCUUCGAAGAGUUGUUUCUUGUUCAAAAGAUGUUGUAUUAUAUGCACUUCGAUGUCAUAUCCUUCAUAAAAUACUAGAGUCGAACGAUCUCUUUGAUUCAGACUAUUCAGCAAACGUUUGCUGCAUUAUUUAUAGAAUUAUGGAAAGCUCGCAAAUUGCAACAGCAUUAGUAUACUCAACAGGCUUAUUUGAUUCAUUUAACGAAAAUUUACCUACAGAUCCAAACAUAAUUCGCAAUAUUUCUUUAUUAUUUGAUCAACUCUUCAAAAAUUCGCCAAUCAAGCCUUACAAGAUUAAAGCCAGGUCAAAGGCAGAAAAUAGAUACCUUAAUGAAAGCGAACUUGAUAGAUUUUUCGAUAAUUUUGAAGAUGAUUUAUUUAAUAAAGAAAAAAUCAAGGAAUAUCAUACAUACGGCAUCAACGCUAAUGACUAUAUUAAUAUUCUAAUACAGAUUUUUAAUUUUGGACUUGGUAAAUCGAUAAUAAUCGAAUAUUCAAUUUUAUGUGCUCUAAAUCGGAUUUUGAGCGAAGGAGGCAUCCGUCCUACAGCCAUAGUUGACGAUGUCAUGAUCGAUAACCUCACAUCUCUUUCCAAUUCUUCAAAUGACGAAAAAAUAAUUUCUUAUAUCGUAAAUUUCUUCGGAAAUUACUUUUAUCAAGUAGCAGGAACCAUUGACGACAUCACAGCCGACACCAUCCUAACAUUUCUACUUAGUUUAUUCAAAGAACCACCACCAGAAUAUUUAUUUAACUUAUGUUGUGCGAUUUUCAACCUGAUUCUAUCAGUAAGAGAUCCGAAAUCCCUUAAAAAGAAGUUUGGUCCAGAAAUCAUCGCUUUCUUACAUGAAAUAAUGAAUGGAUCAAAUUAUAACUUGAGAAAAGAGGUAACAAGACUAUUUGUAUUGAUAGGAAGCAGGAUCAACUACAAGAUAUUCGAUGAAGAAUCGAUGGAAAUCAUUGUUUCCUUCAUGGAACCAGAAAACAAAGAAUUUGAAUUUUCUUCAUUCGUGAUGAAGAUGAUUGGAGACGUAAUAACUCACCAGGGGAAGGAGAGGUUCGAUAGAGAAGGAAACAAAUCAAUAAGAGAGAUGUUUGUGGAAGCAAAUGGAGAUGAAACAGUUCUUCAACUCUUGAAUGAGCAAGAAAUGUAUAAUUUGGCGAAUUAUUUUUACGACAACUUCAUUGACAGGGAAUUCGAUUCUCCUGAUAUAGGAAAUGAUGUGGAAAUAUAUGCAAAUGUAGGAGGAGAAGAAGAACUAUAUGAAGAGGAAGAUGAUGAAUAUUAUUGA